AUGAGACCAAAGAAGAACUUAUAUUUUAGUUUUAAGUCUCACAUUAUGGAUAAAUUUUAUCUCAGAGCCUUUUUACUUCAUUGGAUCAAGAUUUGUGUUUGGUGCAAGAACAUAUUGACACGUUCAGGCCUCCGCGACCAGCAACCUCUAGAAGUUUCUGUCCUACGCUGCUGCCAUCCAGUUGUGGACUUCCAAACUCCUCGCCUCCCCAGCCACACAGUCAAUCCAUCAAAGUCGGGGGGCUGUUUGUAAUUUUGUAAAAUAUAUUAUAAAUAAACACUGA